GCCCGUGAGAUAUGAACGAGCCAGCAACUGACCUGCCAGUCGCGCUGCUGCAGGGCACGGGCGCUGCUCUCGUGGCCAUAACGCUUAGCGCGCCGCUGGCGAGCACUGCCGGUGUUGCGGCGAUCGCAGGUCCGCUGCGCCGUGUGCUUCCCGGCGCCGCAUCUGUGCUGCACGCUUUUGCGGCCGGAUGCCAGCGACUGCGUGCACGCGACAAGCUUUUCGUCGCAUCGCACGCGAUGACCACCUACGCGUGCGGCGACCUCCUCGUUCAGCUCGCGAGCCACACGGGAGGUGGGCCGAUCUCCUAUGCACCGCUGCGCACCGUACGUAAUUCGGCCGCUGGGAUCAUCUCCGACGCGCUGCCCUUUUACUACUGGUCUUCGCUGCUUGCCGGGGUCGGCAGCACGACGGCGUGGCUUCCGGAGAUGUUGCGCAGCUCGCCCGCGGCGUUGAUCGCGCUCAAGGUGGCACUCCACAUCGUGCUCUUCCAGACCGUUUCCAACGCCCUCUAUCUCGCCUCGCACGCGCUGCUGUCUCGCUCCGGUUGGCGUGGCGCCGUCACACGGGUGCGUCGCUCACUCUGGCAGACGUGCCUUGUCGCCGCGGUCAGUUUUGGCAUCGGCGGGCCACUCGUCUACAUGCUGCCCUCAGUCUUGCUACAGUCUGCCCUCCGCAACGUCGGCGUCCUCGGGUUCUCAAGCUACCUCGCACUCGUCGCAAACAGUGGCUGAGGAGGCGAGUAGGCCCAAGGCGCUUACUGGCCAGCGGGCGUGAGGGCGGGACCGCGCGCUAACCGUUCAGCGCGCAUUGGAGAGAGAUCAGAGAAGUGUGAAGUGUGGGGGAGCGCGCCAGGGUUUUUCCAUUUUCGUGCCUGAUGCGUCUUGUUGCGUGUACUCCGCAACGUGUACCCUGCAACGUGUACCCGGCUUUGUACGUGUGGUCGGGAUAAAGCUAAACCAG